AGAGAACACGAUUGGGUAAAGCUAUAAGUGAUGUGCCCAUGGUCAGUUUAUUUAUUUUAACGUCACCAUGAAUGGUCAGUUUAUCUGUAUGCUGUGGGCUAAAAAAAGGAAUAAAUGGGGAGAUGGAUAACUACAAUGAAGACAUUAAGACGAGGAAGACACGGUUCAAGCAACGAAAGUCAAAGCUGACCAGUUGGGUCUUGAGAGAAGUGAGCAGCUUAGAGAGCUUUACCGCCAAUAGCAAAGUCUAUAAUACCGCUGAUAGCAAAGUCUUCACUCACUCUCUUCUCGCUAAAAGUGUUUUGCUUCUCACAGUGGUUUACUUUCUAUAUCUUGGAGGAGUCUCUGGAAUCGGCACGGCCGAACAUAUUGCAGAGAAUUUUAAACACACGUACAAAGCCCCUAUAAUGCAAACCACCACAAGAAAAUAGAGAGGAGAAAACGUAGAGAUAAAAGGCACAAAUGGAGUCUAAGUUGAACCAUCAAGUAAGAAAUUCAGGGACUAGAGAAAGCAAAAAGAUUCAUGGCUAGAGAAAACAAAAAGAUCAAGAUCUGACUUGAUAGUA